CUGUCCUGCCAUCAUUCAAUGAGCAACGUAAGCGAAAGGAGUUAAGCGUUGGAUAUCAACCAAACUGGAGAUCAAGGAACCAUUCUAAGGAGUUCUUAGGCAAUUUCUUACAGCGGAUUCUACUAGCAAGUCAGAGCACAUUUCCAGAAUGAAGGCAAUCAGUCCCGUUCGGUCUGUCAGAAACUGUUAUGAAGCAGUCUGCUGUAUCUCCGAGCAGAGCCUCUCCAUCACCCGUUGCAAGAGCCCCACCGAGGAGCUGUCCGACAUGAAUGACUGCUACUCUAAACUCAAAGAGCUGGUACCCAGCAUCCCGCAAAACAAGUCAGUGAGCCAAAUGGAGAUUCUUCAACAUGUUAUAGAUUACAUCUUCGACUUACAGAUAGCGCUGGAAAACGAGACGGACGCAAAAAACACGCCCGACGUGUUUAUGUCAAUGAAGAACUCAGAGAUGACCCGUAAUUUCUCCAAAGAAGAUGGAGCUAUGUGCCAUUAGGAUCGAUGAAUGGCAGCGUUCAACGGUGCUGGAUAGAAACUUUUCUCCUCUACUUAUGGAAGAAAAGAGAGUGAAGGGGUGAGCCGGGUGAAGGAGUGAGGCUCUAUUCAGAGUGUGGGAAAGCAAUCUGCGCCCCUCUCGAGCGGUCUAUUCUUUGGUCACUGGACACUUGAGCAAACCAAAGCCAAUGAGUUUUGAAGAUCACAAAAAGAAAAGCCUUCAGAUUUUUGUCGUAAUCAUUCCUAUUUUUGUGGCAACAAUCAAGCAUUGUGUAUUUUGUACUGGCUACAUUCCUGACUAUUUGGACUAACUAAUAUCUCUUCACACACCCUUCCUUCCCAGCCGUUCUUGGAGAAUACCCUUCCCCUCCUUUUCCCCCCUUUUAAAACAUUUCCAAAUUUCAGCAUGGCUGCAGUUUUCUCAGUGAUUUUGUUUAUCAUCGGGAUGGUGUGUAGGCUACAUAUUGUGCUUGGGGGUGUGUGUUUUAUGGGGUGGGCUGGGCCUUGGGCAGCGGGAAUGCAGACGUGGAUUAGAAUUUGAACUCUAUAAUAUAGAGUGGAUUGUAUAUGUUUGUGGGGAUUGUCUAUUUCUACAGACUGUCAGAUCAACGAGUUUCAUAAACUCCUUUAAGAGUUUUUGCUUUGUACACUCACACUUUUUACACAAGAAAAUAAAUAAUUCAUGAAAAUGA